UCCAAACUUUGGAGAAUUCACAAUUUUUCUCCACUUUUUUUGCUGAUUUCCUUUCUGGGUUUCUCUUAAUUUCAGUUCUUGAAGCAUUUCUAAGUCGCAUUUCAAGUUUCUUUUUUCUGGGUUUCAGAUAAAGACUCCAUUUUUUUGCAGAAAUUUUCGACCAAAAUUGGGAUUCACCAUUGUUUUGUUGAUUUCCUUUCUGGGUUUCUCUUAUUUUCAGUUCUUGUAACUUAUACAAGUCUCAUUUCAAGUGUUUCUUUGUCCUUGUUAGUUGAUUCCUUGUUCUGGGUUUCUGAUAAAAGACUCCAUUGUUUUUGCACAAAAUUGGAAUUCAACAUUUUUCUCCAGUUUUUUUGCUGAUUCCCUUUCUGGGUUUUCCUUAUUUUCUAUAUAAGUGGCAUUUCAAGUUUUUUUUUCUUUGUCCUUGUUGAUUUCUCGUUCUGGGUUUUGAAUAAAGAUUCCAUUUUUACUCAGAAUUUUUUCAAAUUGAAAAGUAUGGUGGUUCUAGUUGCACGUACUGGCAGGCAUUUGCAGCGUUAUAACAAGGGUCGUCGCCAAGUUGUUGGAUGCAUACCUUACAGAUAUAAAGAUAAUAUUGACCUAUCCAUGGGGGACGAAGAUGCGUUUGAAGUUCUUCUCAUAAGUCCUCAGAGAAAAGGAAAAGGAUUGUUGUUCCCAAAGGGAGGUUGGGAAAAGGAUGAAACAAUUGAAGUUGCAGCAAGGCGCGAGACAAUUGAGGAAGCUGGUGUUUGUGGCGAUAUUGAGGGCAAACUAGGAACAUGGUACUUCGAGAACAAAAACGGUGACACUGCCUAUGAAGGGCACAUGUUUCCUUUAUUUGUGACAGAGGAACUAGAUUUGUGGCCUGAGAAGGACAUCCGUGAAAGAUUUUGGAUGAGCGUUCGAGAAGCAAGAAAGCUCUGCCAGCAGGGAUGGAUGAAAGAAGCCCUGGAGUUGUUAGUUAGUCGGCUCACAUCACAAUCUAAGAGGACUAAAAUUGGCCUGUUUUCAAGAAUCAACCGUAGCUCCGGUGGCCAUGUUUCGCGUUUGGGAUGCAGGGCUCAAGUACUUACUCCACCACCACCAAGCCCGGCAGAAGAGGCCUAGUUUCCAUCAGCCAAAGAAUGUGGUAAAAAUAGCUUGUAAAUACGAAAUUAGCACAGCACAUGGUAAUGUGAAUUAGCCGCACGUCACAGUUGGAAACCUGCUGUAAACAAAAGCACAGUUUUAAGUGGAGUAACGUACAGAGAUAGGCCCAUUAUUCUCAAGGUUUCGAACCGUGGGCCACUGAUUCUUCACCUAGUUUCGAACCAAACGCCUCUGAUUCUAUAGGGGAUGUUUCGGUUAUCAAAAAAAAUAGGAAAUCAUACGGAGUACUUUAUCCAGAUGUAACAGUGUAGUGGCAAAUACAGACAGAGUCAUUCAUCUAUCAAGUCUUGGUGCUAACUCCAAUUUUCAAGAAAACAGAACCAUAGAACUGUUCAGUUUUUUUUUCUUCUUGUUUUGUUUUCUUAGAAUUGGAGUUGUACGUAGAUGGAUUGUUGUACUACUUUAGAUUCAGAAUCAGUGUUGUUUAGGAUGCAGUCUUUUUUAGGUACUUUACUUUUCUGCCUGAAGAUAGUGAAGUUACCUUUUUAAGUUAUGAUGACAGCUCCUAAA